CAUCUCCUCUCCUCCAUGAAGAUCUACUCCAUUUCAGUCAUCCUCGCCCCCCCUUCUGGUGCUUCUACCGUCCUUAGCCGUGCAAUUGAGCUUUCAUCAUUUUCAUUCUAUCAGAGGAGUUCAGUCGGGGAGUUCAUGUCCUUUAUGUCCAAGACAGUCGCCGAGCGGACAUCUCAAGGGCAACGUCAAAGCGUACAGGAAAACAAUUAUGUCGCUCACGUUUAUAAUAGAGGAGGCCCAGAGCAACUCGCAGGUGUCAUGAUCACCGAUCAAGAGUACCCAGUCCGCCCCGCCUUCUCUCUUCUCACUAAACUACUCGACGAAUUUACUUCCAAAGUUCCCCAAUCACAAUUUGCUAAACCUACCGAAAUAAUGUUCCCUGAUAUCAACACAUACAUCCAGCAAUACCAGGAUCCAAGCCAGGCAGAUACCAUUAUGAGGGUGCAGCAGGAACUAGAUGAAACCAAGAUAGUGCUGCACAAGACAAUUGAAUCAGUUCUUCAGCGAGGGGAGAAACUCGACAAUCUAGUGGAUAGGUCCAACGCAUUGUCUGCACAGAGCAAGAUGUUCUACAAGACGGCUAAAAAGCAAAACGCUUGUUGUAUCAUCAUGUGAAGCUACUACCGUCCCAACGUCAUCUAUACCUAUGAUACUACAUGUUCUACUCCACAUAAUACAUACUUGCCCUGCCAACUUACACUGAAUUUGGCAGUCAUGGAUGGGAGCACCGCCGGCAUCUGUAGGUGGUAGCGGCUGCUCUCUGAUCUCUGC